AUGACAGACUCCUCAUCGAGACCACGAGGCACUGUUGCAUAUAUGAUGGAUCCAACGGUCGGAAAAUAUCAUUAUGGACCUGGCCAUCCAAUGAAACCGUAUCGAGUAGAAUUAACACAUGCUCUGGUAGCUGAGUAUAAAAUGCAUAAAAAAAUGAAGAUAUACUAUCCAUCUGAAGCAUCUGCUCAUGACAUGAUACGUUUUCAUUCCGACGAAUAUGUUGAUUUUUUAUCGCGUGUUGCUCCAAAUUCUCAAGAAUAUCAACGAGGUUAUAAUCAGUACAAUUUGGGUGACGAUUGUCCUGUAUUCAGUGGUCUAUUCGACUUUUGUAAAAGUUAUACGGGUGCAUCCUUGUUGUGCGCGACAAUGCUCAAUCAUAAAGCGUCCGGUUUUUGUUAUAUAAACGAUAUUGUCAUUGCUAUUCUUGAAUUAUUGAAAUACCAUGUUCGUGUAUUGUACAUAGAUAUUGACAUACAUCAUGGUGACGGUGUCCAAGAAGCAUUUUAUCUAACUGAUCGAGUAAUGACCGUUUCAUUUCAUAAAUACGGAAAUAACUUCUUUCCAGGAACGGGUGGUAUGUAUGAGAUUGGUGCAGAAACUGGACGUUAUUAUUCGAUUAAUGUACCACUUCGUGAAGGAAUUAUGGAUGAUGACUAUUACGACCUUGUAUUUAAACCUGUCAUUUCAACAGUGAUGUCCUACUAUAGACCAACAUGCAUUGUGCUGCAAUGUGGGGCUGAUUCACUUGGUGGCGAUCGUCUAGGAUGUUUUAAUUUAUCGAUAAAAGGGCAUGGAAAAUGUGUGGCGUAUGUUAUGGAACAAAAUUUACCGACGUUAGUUGUUGGCGGUGGAGGCUACACUGUGAAAAAUGUUGCUCGAUGUUGGACGUAUGAAACAUCGUUAAUAAUAAAAGAAACAUUAUCGAAUGAUAUACCAUAUCAUGAUUAUAUUGAAUUUUUUGGUCCUGAUUGUCAACUACAUCCCGAUCUUAUUAACCCAAAACUAGAAAAUGGAAAUCCAAGAGCCUAUUUGGAAUUGAUUGUCCAAUUUGUUAAUGAAAAAUUACGUCUACUUAAACAUGCACCAUCCGUUCAGAUGCAAGACGUACCAUGCGAUUUAAUCGACAAUGAUAAAAGCGAUGAAGAUGGAGACGACAUGGGACAAAAAGCACCACACAUUGAUGCAGUCAAUGAGUUUUAUGAUGACGAGAAGGAUAACGAUAGAGACUGA